AAGGAAAAAAUGUCAGUGCAGGAAGUCACCCAAUCCUGAAAAGUUAACACGCAGAAUAAAGUUGAUGGUGUUAUUUAUUGCUAAGGUAGUCGUGGUUAAGGGUUACAGGUGUGCACAGUUGGAGGCGGAGCAAAAGGGAACGUAGAUAAGUAAAGUGAAAUAGAGCUGAUGUAUUCAGAGCUUACGUUGCUAGAGGUGAGAUCAAUUACCCACUCGCAACUGAAAUUUCAAACUUCUGCUUAGCAGGGACCUGAGUGGACAAAUGGUGACUGAUAGUUGGAAGUAUCAGCAAACAUCUUAAAUUUUAUGCUCAAAGGAAUGAGCAAUGAGCCAGGAGAAUAAGUCUAGUCGCUUUCGGCUGCUGGUAAUUUUUACCUUUUUAUUUAAAAUCACAGCGUCUUUUUCAAUGAACGCCUAUGUGACUGUGACUUAUUACAAUGAAACCAGCAACCACACUAUAACAGAGACAUGUGAAUGUGGUGUUUAUGGACUAGCCUCACCAGUGGCUAAUGCAAUGGGGGUGGUGGCCAUCCCUAAGAACAAUAACUACCAAGCUUGUAACUACAACACUGAGUUUACCAAUACAAAGAAGCCCUGGAUUGCGCUGAUAGAAAGAGGUAAUUGUACAUUUGCAGAAAAAAUUCAAAUAGCAGGCAGAAGAAAUGCUGAUGCUGUUGUGAUUUACAAUGGUCCAGAGACUGACAACCAGAUGUUACAGAUGGCAAAUUUCGGUGCAAGAGACAUUGUGGCAAUCAUGAUUGGCAAUCUGAAAGGCACAAAAAUUCUGCAAUCUAUUCAAAGAGGCAUACAAGUAACAAUGGUCAUUGAAGUAGGGAAAAAACACGGCCCUUGGGUGAAUCACUAUUCAAUUUUCUUCGUUUCUGUGUCCUUCUUUAUUAUUACGGCAGCAACUGUGGGCUAUUUUAUCUUUUAUUCUGCUCGAAGAUUACGGAAUGCAAGAGCCCAAAGCAGGAAGCAGAGACAAUUAAAGGCAGAUGCUAAAAAAGCUAUUGGAAGGCUUCAACUCCGUACACUGAAACAAGGAGACAAGGAAAUUGGCCCUGAUGGAGAUAGUUGCGCUGUGUGUAUUGAACUAUAUAAACCAAAUGAUUUGGUGCGCAUCCUAACCUGCAACCAUAUUUUCCAUAAGACAUGUGUUGACCCAUGGCUGUUAGAACACAGGACUUGCCCCAUGUGCAAAUGUGACAUACUCAAAGCUUUGGGAAUUGAGGUGGAUGUUGAAGAUGGAUCAGUGUCUUUACAAGUCCCUGUAUCCAGUGAAACAUCCAAUAGUGCCUCUCCUCACGAAGAGGAUAAUCGCAGUGAGACUGCAUCGUCUGGUUAUGCUUCAGUUCAGGGAGCAGAUGAACCGCCUUUGGAGGAACAUGUGCAGUCAGCAAAUGAGAAUCUGCAGCUGGUAAACCAUGAAGCAAGUUCCAUUGCAGUGGAUGUUGUUCCUCAUGUUGUCAACCCAACCUUUGAAGAAGAUGAAAGUCCUGAUCAAGAGACUGCUGUUCAAGAAAUUAAAUCAUAAAAUCUGUGUCAAUAGAAAACUUGAACCUUUAGUGAUAACAGAACUGCCAAUCAGGGCCUAGUUUACUAUUAAUGAACUGGAUAAACUUAAUAAAAUAAGAAUGAUACUGAAAGUGCUGAGAUGACUAAUAUUAUGCUAUAGUUAAAUGACUUAAAAUACUUAACCUAUUAACUUUUUUCCACAAACUCAUUAUAAUGUUUUUCAUAGGCAAGUUUCCUCUCAAUAGUGGUAGCAACAUUUUUAAACAUUCAAAACUCUCAUCAAGUGGUCAUGUUUUUCAUUUAUAACAAUUUUCUUAUAAAAACAUGUUGCUUUUAAAAUGUGGAGUAGCUGUAAUCAUUUUAUUUUAUGAUAGUAUCUUAAUUAAAAAUACUACUACUUUAGCUUGGGCUAUAUGUGUCAGGGUUUUUCUCCAGGUGCUUAUAUUGAUCUGGAAUUGUAAUGUAAAAAGCAAUGCAAACUUAGGCUAGUACUUCAUGAAAUGUCUAUUUAAGCUACAUUAAGUUGAUAGAACAAGGUUAAAGCAAAAUAUUCAUUUUAACUAUUUCUUGUUUUUAAAAUUAGGCUAAAUGUACUUCAUGUGAGUGUCAAGCAAAGUUUAUCAGAGAAUAUGGACUGGACUGGAUUGAUUGGUAUAUUAGUGACACCAAUUUGACAAAAGAUUAUAGACAAAAACUUUCCUCACAAAAAUGCUGUAUGACUAUUUCUCAAACUUAGAGGAUUUUCAAAAGCAGAGUAUAUAAAUCAUCAUACUACUUGAAAAUGAUUAUGAAUAAGUCACCCCAAAAUUGGUAAUUGAUCUUUGUGUAUGAACUUCUCUACAGAAGUUAGUCUGUAGAAAAUGUUGUCCAAACAAUGUUGACUUUGAAAAUUGAGUUUACAUUUUACCUCAAUGGGCUAAAAUAACAUUAGGUAAACUAAAAUUCUGUCCAUGUAGCUACAAAUUUCGUGAAUGCAUUUUCUUGGUGUUUGAAAAAGAAUUGGGGGGGGGGAGAAUUCCAGGUGCCUUAAUAUAAAGUUUGAAGCUUCAUCCACCAAAGUUAAAUAGAGGUAUUUAAAAAUGCACUUUAUUUGUAUUCUCUGUGGCUUAUCUUUGGUUUUAGAGUUGUUUCCAGUGCAAAUUCCAGCAGAAUUUAGGCAAAAGCAGAAAAGACAUGUAUUUUUGUUGGCUAAAUGUAGAAUGGAUGAACCAUUGCAUUCUUGUACACUGAUUUGAAAUGCUGUAAAUAUGUCCCGAUUUGUAUUGAUUCUCUUUAAAUAUAAAAUGUAAAUAAAAUAUUCCAAUAAAA